AGAACAAGGCUAUACAUGAAAAGCUACUUAAGUUUGGCGGGGCCAAGGAAUUCCUGCUGGCCAUGGGAUGGACAGAGAUUGACGAUAUGCUGAUGUAUCUGGAGGAUCAUGAUCUCUCCGUUACAACAAACAUCCUGGAGGAACACCUACACACACUGCCACCACCUCAGAGUGCAGCGACCUCCCCGCCAGCAGCGUCACCUGCAGCUCCCACUGAGACUGCAGCAUGGACAGAGGCAGAGCUAAAACAACGAGAUGAAAAACUAGAAAAAGAGAAGAAAAGAAGAAUGGAGGAAUAUCAAAGAAUGAAAAAAGAAAGGGAAGCAAUUAAGAAACAGAUUAAAGAGGACAGAAAGGACACCCAGACAAGGGAAGUCAAGGACUCGCAUGCAAGACAGCUUAAUUUUGGUGCCAAUGUAAAGAAAUUUGAAAACAGGGGUGGCGGAUGAGGGUAAUCUGACUUCCACAGCUGAGCGCCAACUUUAGUUCCCAGUGUCAUCUUGUCAAGUUCAAACCUUCAUUUCAUAAGGGAUACCACUGUCUCUAAUCUCUGUCUUCUUAUUGAACAUCUCGCACAGUUUAAUUGGACAGAUAAUUUUAGCAUCGUGUGACUGGUAAAGUGCAUAAUUUAUCUUCAUUGGUUGGAGAUAAUAUUUUGGGGAAGGAGAUAACCCACUGUCUUAAGAUUAGAACUGGUAUGUUAGCUAUGAUAACUUCUGUCACAGAAUCAGUG